AUCGUUUUCUUCUUCUGUAUUAAAUUUUCAAACUGCUCUUUCUACGUGAUCGCUGUUUGAUGUCUUUGAAAGCCAUGUCUCGUCUACACUCCUGCGUCAAGGGCACGUCCCGAAUCGCGGCCUGCCAGCUCCGAUCCAAUGCAGACAAGGAGAGAAACUAUGAGAUUUGUCAGAGGUUGGUUCGCGAAGCUGUGGUGAAAGGUGCCAAGACUGUGUUUCUGCCGGAAGGGUUCGACUAUAUCGGUGAAAGUGGCAAGCAAUCGGUGUCGAUGGCCGAGCCUUUGGAUGGCCCGCUCAUGAGCAGAUACAAGGCGCUCGCAAAGGAGCUGGGUGUGUGGCUAUCCCUGGGUGGAUUCCAUGAACAGGGCCCGGAAGAAGACCGCAGCCGUCUCUUCAACGCACAUGUGCUGCUUGAUGACGCCGGCAGCAUCCGUAGUGUCUAUCACAAGACGCAUUUGUUUGCGUGCCAGCUGGCAACCAGCAAGGUCUCGCUGAAGGAGAGCAAUUGGUGCGUGCCGGGAAAGGAGAUCUGUCCACCGGUACCGUCACCGUCGGGUUCCAUUGGACUCAUGAUUUGCUACGAUUUGCGGUUUCCGGAGAUUUCCAGCAUCCUGCGCAGGGACGGUGCCGAGGUACUGACGUACCCAUCCGCCUUCACCGUACCCACGGGACAAGCACACUGGGAAAUCAUGUUGCGGGCACGGGCCGUGGAAAGCCAGUGCUACGUGGUGGCGGCGGCGCAAGUUGGACGACACAAUGACAAGCGCGAAUCUUACGGCCACUCAAUGAUUGUGGAUCCCUGGGGCAGAGUACUGGCGCAGUGCACGGACGAGGAAGAGUGUGUCAUCGUGGCCGAUGUGGAGGAGAAGGAACUCGAGCGCGUACGCUCGUCCAUGCCCGUCCUAGAACACCGUCGACUAGAUCUGUACACGGAUGUACAGCGACACUCCAGUGAAUCCUGAUACUGCCGCCGCUGACACGACUGAAACUGGCAGUUUUGCUUAUCAUGGAGAACUGGAAUCGAGCAGAACAUUUCACUUCAACAGCACAUUCUCCGAACGAUAAAACAAAUGUCUAGGAUGUGCGCCAACGACAAGCCUGGUUGGUGUAUCUGGCAAUCGCUGAUUUCGGCUUAUCACUGAGCAUUGCCAGCAGGGACCUGAGCGAAGGUCUGCAGAAGCUUACACUUGACUCGUCUUCUCCUUUCGACUAUCAUCAGUGUUCACCCACUGCACUAGCAUCAGUAUAGAGUGAAGUACUGGUAUACGUAUAUCUUGCAACACACUCUGCCUCAUGCAGCAGGCACUAAUCACGCUGCCAACAGUACAACAACAGUACAGCAGGCCUGUCACUGUUGACUUUGACCUUGACCAACCUAUACUAGUAGCCUGCAAGCUAGAACUGGAUUGCUGAUCUAUAUCCAUGCAAUGGUGUAUACUAUACACACAGGCGGUCUGGCAUGUACGAGAACCUAGACGCGGCAACGGCAAACUAUGGCUGUAGUCAUUUCACAGUACCGGAAGCAGAGUCCCACGACCCAAACGUAGGGCAUAGGACUGCACAAAGCACGCUAGUAUUAAUUUUGUUCUUAUUCUAUACAGACCUAUUCUCCUGCAGUGUUGUACCUGCUGUUACUAAUAGAUUUAGAUUGUAUGAUAUCCAUCCACAAUUGGGCUCACAAAUAUUUAAAAUUCAUUUGCAAAUUGAUUAAUUGUCAUGACAGACUUAACUGAUGAACUGUUGGUAAUUGACUCAAAAUUCGAUCAAAGCUUGCAGUAGCCAUAUACUUCAAGAUUUGAAGUGGACAAAGUAGUGACGACACACUCGUAGUUAUUUGCGCGGGUCCCAGCACUAGCCUUGACGGCAAGACUGAUGACACCCGGAGAUCACCACAUUUGGGAAACCCAGCGGGAUUUGUGGCAGACAGUCCACUCAUCAUGAUCUGCUGCCUCUACAGCACGUAAGCCUCGGCAGCUCGGCGAUCAGCCAGUGCAACCGGAGUCAGCUUCAGCAUUACAACUCCCCCGGCCGGAUUCACGUAGGUGGAAUAGGAGCCGGAGAAAGAUCCCAUGUCUUGAUGUUCGUACAGAUCUCGGACUGUCACAUUGCCACUCGCUGGUAGUCCAACCUGUUCAGGUUUUCAGCAAAGAUGGAGGAGACAUGGAAAGAACGACAGAAGGAGACUUACAUGUGCAAUGUCAUGGGAACGAACCAUGUGUAUGUGUGUGUUGGGUGGGGGGUGACGUUAUCGGCCCUAGCCCUACGCAGCUUGCUUAUCAUCUCGCUUAACCUUGUCCCACAGACACUUCCAUGAACUGUUCUUGCCGAUAGUAUACUAGACCAUGGCUUACCAACGUGUUGCCCUAGACGCAUUGCUACCAAUCUACGCACAUAGCAACACUGAUAGACUACAUGUACCCCACCAAUGCAUUACUCGUCCAGCCAGGCCUGUGUUUUGCCACUAUGCCCACGUGCAUAGACGGCUGGUUAUUAGCUCAUUACUACAGUACACUUAUGUUAUACACAUCUAUCUGUUACAUAUACUAGUACUUGGUCUUUCAGAA